CUCGCCUCUCCACUUUGCAACCUUGGCCGGGUCCUUAACGAACGACCCGAACGAGCCUCCGAUCUGACUGGAACGCAACCCCGACCACACACGCAUACACACGUGCACACCAACACACGGUACCCAUGGCGAACGAGCAGAUCUCGCUGCCGUAUCUGGUGGUGAUUCUACUGGUGACGGCGUUCGUGAUUCGAUUCCUCUUCUUCUCGCCAGCCCCGCCGCCAGCGCCUCGACAGAGCGCCCAGUCGGUGCUGCGCAUGCGAGAGGCGGCGGUCGAGAGGAUACAGCAAAUGUUCCCGCAGGUCGAACGACGGACCAUCCUCUGGGACCUGCAGAGAAAUGGGGGCAACAUCCAGGCGACGUCUGAGAGGAUUCUUGCGGGACGAAUGGAGACGCCUCCCAUCACAUUCCAGCCUCCUCCCCCGCCAGGAGCUAAUAACGCGACGGCGAGCUCCUCGACACCGGCCAAGGCGGCCGAGAAGCCGACGCAGCCGGACCUGAUUACACGGUACAGGCUGCAGGACAAGAUCUCGGCACAACAGCGUGAACAGGCCGAGGCGGAGAAUGAGAAGGCUAGCAGGGGGUGGAGCUCGAACCGCGACGAGAGGCAGUCGCUGCUCCAGAAGCGGAGGGACGAGAUGAUCCUUGCGGCGAGGCGGAAGAUGGAGGCCAAGAUCGCCGCGGAGAAGGCAGCGAGCUGAGGGGGGCUCCGGAUGGCGGUUUCUGAGAGUGCCUUGAACAAGAGUGUUUUAUUUUCACGAGCGUAGUGUAGGGACAGUAGCGGGUUUGUACAUUUGGGAAUUUGCACACGCGCACACACGCAUACAGCGAGAGUCUAAGAUGUGGUGGUAGCUGGGGAUUUAAUCCAAUACGCGAAGAUACUGUCACCAGCAAGGUUCGAACACGACCCCGGCGUUUGAUCUUGAGUCA